AGUAGUGAUAUCACAACAGUCUGUCAUUGAGCGAUAUCACUGAUAAGAUACAAUGAAAUCGAUUGUAGUGUACCAACGUUGUGCGAUACGACUAAAGUCGCUUCAGUUACUCAGUUAGUUGAUACUUAGAUCGAAUUUGGUUAACAUGUCUCGCGAAAAUUAAAGCCGAUUCAAAAUGAUUCGUAUUACGGUUAUUAUAAGUUACUCAGUAAUUGCACUACUAUGUGCAACAGUUUCGCAAGGUGCUUCGCCUACGAUACAAAUGGUAGACAUCUGUACGUUGUGUCGUUGUCUAGACGCAAAGACAAGCAACGAGAUGAUUGUGGAUUGUCACGGUGAGGAUCAGCAGGCUGCCGCUGGCGGCCAGCAUGCGAAGUACUUCAAUCUGCAGAACAUCAUCUGGCCCGUGCCCAAGGAUCCUUUAAACAAUCCGUUACGGAUACGGGCGUUUUUUAGAAAUAUGAAGCUACCAACUUUGCCAAGGCCACCAUCUAGUGCAUAUGUUACGGAGCUUCACUUUAGCAAUAACGCCAUCGAUUCGUAUUACAAUGAACCGUUCGAAAAUUUUAAAAACUUGGAAUCACUCAUCAUGACUGGUAAUGACCUAAAAGCAAUGGAUAAAGACUUUUUCGCAUCCCAAAACGUCCUGAAACACCUGGAUCUCUCCAACAACUCACUUUCAACGGUCAACGCCCUGGAAAGAGCAUUUCUUGAGCAUCUGGAAUCGAUUAAUCUGUCCCACAACAAAUUGAUGUCUAUUUCGGAGCUGCUGAUGGGGAAGUUGCGGAACGCUAGUAUAGUUCGACUAGAACACUGUGAGCUUUAUAGUUGGAUGAGUUACGAUGAACUCGCCUGGAAGGAGUUGUAUUUGGGCUGGAACAAGUUGAAGGGCUUACACGUUGCCAUGUUCUUUUCUAUGCCAAAACUGGAAAUUCUUGAUCUCUCACAUAAUCAAAUCUAUGCCCUCGACCCUCAGGCCUUCGCCUCCCUCAGUCAACUACGACGCCUAGAUCUAUCGUUCAACGAAAUUUCGAACAUGUUCGCUAAUAUCAAGCUACCAUCAGCUUUGAACAGCAUCAGUAUCGCUGGAAACUCGAUCGGCCAGUGGCCUUUUGCAGAUCUCCCUGAGAGUCUAGAGCUGCUAGAAAUCCAGAACAAUAGGCUAACAGAUUUACAUCUUGCACAAACGGUGAAUGUUCUGAUACUGAAUGCAAGUGAUAAUGAGCUGGAUGUGUUCAACGGAGAUUCGUUUCCGAAGCUAACAACGCUUGAUUUAUCAUAUAACAAGUUCAGUGAGCUACCUCGGAAACUGGGUAAAAAUCUUUUAGGCUUGAUUCUGGACGGUAAUCCUUUCGAAAGGAUAUUUUUCGACGAACACGUGUCGUUGAAAUUCCUAUCGCUCAGUCGGCUUCCGAAUCUAAAAGAAUUGGGAGAAUACAGCUUCUGGAGAUUGGUUGGACGAGAAGAUGACAAAGAACAAGAUUGUGUGGAGAUUCGGAUGUCUCACUGUCCCAAGUUGCAAAGUAUAAGCUCAAUGGCGUUCGAAAAUGUGGAGCUUUGUAAGCUGGACAUUAGCUACAAUAAAUUAACAUCUAUUCCGGUAAAUUUGACUGAUUGGGAGAGUUUAAGUGGCGAAGUGAAUCUUCAGGGCAACCCUUGGAAUUGUAGCUGUUCUGAACAGUGGUUGGUGGAUGAGAUGUUGCCAAUGCUCUACGAGAACAAAGAUCUGCAGUAUCUGUUGGACGACUUUCGCUGCGCUAGUCCAGUAGCUAGACACAAUGUGCGACUGAUUAAGUUCCUCAAUCACCGAGGCGCAUUUUGCGGUGGGCCCCAGCUGGCUCGGUUGGUUGAUGGGACUCAAUCACAGGAUUCAACCGUUAAGGCGGGGUUCAGUAGUAUAAUUUGCUCUGUCGAUGAUGAAGCAUGUUGGCACGUUCAUAAGGGCUCGGGAAUGAUAGCGUUUUGCAUUAUGAUGGCAGCCACACUGUUGGUAAGCAUUGCUCUAUUAAUUUUUAUCAUUGUUCGAAGAAGGAAAGAGAAUAGACAAAAAAACACUUUCGAAAAUAUUUGGUUAAUAAGAAAUAAACAAUCUACAGUAUUAUAAA